UACAGGGAUGACCAGAGACUGCGGACACAGUACAGGGAUGACCAGAGACUGCGGACACAGUACAGGGAUGACCAGAGACUGCGGACACAGUACGGGGGAUGACCAGAGACUGCUGACACAGUACAGGAGAUGACCAGAGACUGCGGACAUAGUACAGGAGAUGACCACAGACUGCGGACACGGUACAGGGAUGACCAGAGACUGCAGACACAGUACAGGGAUGACCAGAGACUGCAGACAUAGUACAGGGAUGACCAGAGACUGCAGACACAGUACAGGGAUGACCAGAGACUGCGGACACAGUACAGGGAUGACCAGAGACUGCAGACACAGUACAGGAGAUGACCAGAGACUGUGGACACAGUACAGGGAUGACCAGAGACUGCAGACA